GGUCAACUAAGUUGAGCAUUGACGCUUGAUGUGGAUCUGGGGCAGGGCCAGAUGCGGACGCUGGUCAAGUCACGGGUACGGAAAAGUCUACAAAAUGGUCUUGAGCGGGGGGCGGAUCCGGAAUCGGCGCAAUGCAGGGCACUGGGAGGACACUGAUAUCCGCAUCUCAAAGUUGAGAAAGCCUAGCAUCCAAGCAUACAUUUCCAUUUCCAUCUUUCAUCUUUCAAGCUUUCUUGGUUACACAGUCCCAUCCAUGGCUGGCAUCAAGGCAUUUGUUGACAGCUGCAACGGGAUGCUGGACAGCGUUCCAGACAGAUACAUGAUGCCGAAUGAAGCUGCCGAUGUCUCCCGGUACGCGGUGCUGCCGAUAGUCGAUGUGGCAAGCGAGAGCUUCGAGAGGGAUCUCGUUGACGCUUGUACAAAGUACGGAAUUUUCUACCUCAAGAACCACGGAAUUCACACCGAGGAUGUGAUGAGGUGCGCUCUCGAGUUCUUCAACUCGCCCAGCGAGGACAAGAUGCGAUACUACACCGAGGAGAUCUUCACACCCGUCCGCUACUGCACCAGCAUGAUGCCUUCGAAAGAAGAGAAGCUCGAGUGGCACGACCACCUCCAGAUGUGGCUCAAGGAAGAGUCCCUCGGAGCGCACCCCUGGCCCGCGUUCCCAGCCAGCUACAAGGACGUUGGAUCCGAGUACGCCAGAAACAUCUUCAAGCUCGGGAAGAGGAUGCUGUUGGUCAUGUCCGAGGGACUUGGCCUCCGCUCAAACCGUCUUCUGGAAGCAUUCGCAGACAUGGUUCUUCUGACGAGAGCAAACUUCUAUCCGGCUUGCCCGAACCCGAGGCAGGCCUUGGGCAUGGAAGGCCACACUGACAGCGGCGGCCUCACGUUUGUGCUCCAGGAUGGAGUCGGGGGAUUGCAGCUGAAGCAAGGCGAGGAUUGGUACAACGUGAGGCCACUCGAGGGAAUGCUGGUGGUCAACAUGGGCGAUCAGCUAGAGAAGCUCAGCAAUGGGAGAUACAAGAGCAUAUUGCACAGGGUGAUGGUGAACUCGAAGAGCUCAAGGCUGUCCGUUGGGGCGUUCCUGGGGCCGUCACUAGACGCGGAGAUCAGCCCGAUUCCAGAGCUGGUGAGCCGGGACAGUCCAGCAAAGUACCGCAGCAGGACUUAUAGGGAUUACAUGCACGAGGUGUACACGGAGCACUUCUCCGGGAAGAAUGUCUAUGUGGCUUGAGUCUUGGGGGGUAGUCAAAGGCACCAAUUUUUUUCUCAUUCUCACAAAUAAAACAGUUGCAAGAAAUGUUUGCUCA